AGAGAAGAGAGAGUCUGAAUGUAACCUCAAAAACAUACACAGAUAGCUUGAGAGAAAGAAAGAAAGAAAGAAAGAAAUAACAAAUUAAUAUAUAAAAUUUGUAACUGAAAAGGCUUAACAAUUCUCUAAUAUUUUUGACCUUCAAUUGCACAUGGCUUCUUUGGGUCUCUCUAUUCUCCCCUCAUUUUUGUUUUUCAUUUCCUUCACAUGCUCUCCUCUCUCUCUCUCUCUUGCAGUAGUUAAUUAACCAUUUCCCUUUUUUUUACAAUUCUAUUGAAAUACUAUUGACUCCCAUCAGUUUAGGAGAUUCCUCAGAUCUACAGUGAAAAGGUUUGUGUCCAUUCUGCAACCAAAAGAAAAAAGAAAGAAGAAGAAGAAGAAAGAAGCAGCUUACUUUGGUGUUCUUUUCUGGGCUGCUUCUGUUUAACCAAAAAGGUCCUAAUAAGAUUCAGUGUUUCUCCUUGAAAAGUUGGUCUCUACCAUUGUACUUCGAAGAUAAUCUUGUAUGAUACAUGUUCGAAAAAGUUGGACUGCAGUUGGCUCAGAUGCAUAUACUGCUGCAUGUUGCAUGGUUUUCAUAUCUGCCAUAGGUGCAUGAAGUGAAUGUAAGCAAUUCCAAAUUCAGCAAGAUGGAUAAUGAUCAAACUGAGCAAAUUGAAGACAUGGACAUUGAAGUUGUUCCUUCAAUGUGGCCUGAAGAUAUUGAUAGUGAAAAACCUUACAAUGUAGAAAAGCCAAGAGGGGAUCAAGAUAUGUUGGAGGAGGUCACAAUAGUUGAGGAGCCAAGUAUAGUUGAUUUCCACCGUCUGAUAGAGCUAACGAAUUACACUGACAGGGGCUCUUCUCAGCUGGCAUACCUUGUAAAGCAUUGGGAAUAUCAGCAGAUAAAUGCCGUGCGCCUUCUUAAAGAAGAGCUUGACAUCCUAAGCCAACAGAGGCAGGAAGUUGAGCUCAAAAAGUUAGAGAUAUUGGAAGAUUUUCGAUUUGAAGAAGAAGGAUAUGGUAGUGAUAAACGUCCAAUAUCUAUUCUAGAUGAGGUUAUUGAUUUAUAUCAAGUUCUUCCUAUAAGGAAGAAAGAUGUCACAGUUCAAAACAAGAGAGUAGUAGUAGAUGCUGAAUAUGAUACUGUUGCGUACUGGAAGCAGCGAACCAUGGAUUUAGAAAAAUUAUUGGAGGCCAGCAUUCAAAGAGAGCAGGUACUUAUUGAGAAAUUACAAGAAAGCAUAAAGGAUUUGGAAAGGCAGUCAUCGCCAGUAGAAGAACUCUCGCAGAUUCUGAAAAGAGCAGAUAAUUUCUUGCAUUUUAUACUCCAAAAUGCUCCUGUUGUCAUGGGCCAUCAGGACAAAGAGUUAAGAUAUCGCUUUAUCUACAAUCAUUUUCCUCGUCUAGGGGAGGAGGACAUACUGGGAAAAACAGAUAUGGAAAUUUUUUCAGGAGCAGGAGUUAAGGAAUCACAAGAUUUCAAGAGAGAAGUUCUGGAAAAAGGAUUGCCUGCAAAGAGGGAAAUUACUUUUGAGACUGAAUUAUUUGGGUCGAAGACAUUUUUGAUUUAUGUAGAACCUGUAUUUAGCAAGUCAGGGGUGACAAUUGGGAUAAAUUAUAUGGGAAUGGAUGUAACUGACCAGGUAAGGAAAAGAGAGAAGAUGGCAAAGCUUCGAGAGGAGAUAGCAGUACAAAAAGCUAAAGAAACAGAACUGAAUAAAACAAUCCAUAUAACAGAGGAGACAAUGCGCGCAAAACAAAUGCUAGCAACUAUGUCUCAUGAGAUAAGAUCUCCUCUAUCAGGGGUUGUUAGCAUGGCUGAGAUUCUUUCCACCACGAACCUUGACCGUGAACAAAGACAACUCCUGAAUGUCAUGAUAUCUUCAGGAGAUCUGGUGCUUCAACUUAUAAAUGAUAUACUUGACCUUUCCAAGGUUGAGUCCGGUGUUAUGAAGUUGGAAGCUACAAAAUUCCGUCCGCGAGAGGUAGUCAAGCAUGUACUCCAAACUGCUGCUGCAUCACUAAAAAAGUUUCUGAUCCUUGAAGGAUGUGUAGCGGAUGAUGUUCCUAUUGAGGUGAUUGGAGAUGUUCUAAGAAUACGGCAAAUCCUAACCAACUUGAUCAGCAAUGCAAUCAAGUUUACCCAUGAAGGCAAGGUAGGAAUAAAUCUUUAUGUGGUCGCAGAUCCAUGUUUUGGAAAAGCAGAUGGAAACCAUCAGAAGUCAUCUGCUAGUCCGUCAACAGCAAAUGCAUCCAAAGAGGAGAAAUGCACGUUGGCAUCCCAAACAAACAAUGAUCAAAAUGGUUCCUACAAUCCUCAUCAAAAUCAUUCACUUAAUGAUGAACCUAGAACCCCCAGUCGAAAUAGAAAACUAAUGGAUGGCGAUAAAGAGGAGGAAGCACAAUCACAAGAAACAUUAGUCUGGCUACGCUGUGAUGUUUAUGACACUGGAAUUGGAAUACCAGAAAAUGCUUUACCUACUCUAUUUAAAAAAUACAUGCAAGUCAGCGCAGAUCAUGCUCGAAAAUAUGGUGGGACAGGAUUGGGUCUUGCAAUAUGCAAGCAGCUGGUUGAGCUGAUGGGUGGCCGUCUUACUGUAUCUAGCCGGGUAAACUGUGGGUCUACUUUCACGUUUAUUUUACCAUAUAAGGUAUCCUCGAUGUGUGAUUCUUCUGAUGAUGCUGAGGAACUCUCUGAGAUGGCAGAUCAUGAUGCUGGAACAGAAGAUGAAACUGCUGGCUUCUUUUCGUUCCAACCACUCACUUUGGGCUCUCCAUUCUCUUCUAAUGGAUCCACCAGGACUCAAAAAAUUUUUCCCCAUAAUUCUCAUAAACUGAAUGGACUCUCAGAUAAUCUUUACUCAUUUCCCUCUAGUAACGUUAGAUUAAAAGAGACAGCUUCAGUUGAGGAUGCCUGUUCUACAGUUGAAGUUGCUGACACAUUAUCUGAACCUGAAAGUUCGUAUAGUCACAGCCCCGAACCUGAUAAUGAGAAUGUGGCUUGUAGAAGCAAACAGUUUCAAGAUGACAGUAGUCAACUGCACAAUUGUACCAUGGUUUCCACUUGCCACGUAGAACCAUGCAGAGAAGUGGAUGCACAGGCAAUAGAAAGGGAACCCCAAGGGUCAUGUUUUGCACAGGAGAAAUCCGAUAUAAGUUCUCAGCCCACAUGUGGACGUAGUCCACAAGUACCAAUGUCAAAAUUACAGCCUAAGAUCCUUCUUGUAGAAGACAACAAUGUUAAUGUAAUGGUGACACGUUCAAUGAUGAAGCAAUUGGGCCAUACUAUAGAUGUGGUUAACAAUGGUAUUGAAGCUGUGCGUGCAGUUCAGGGCAAUUGUUAUGAUCUUGUUUUGAUGGAUGUCUGCAUGCCAGUUAUGGAUGGCCUUCAAGCCACAAGAUUGAUUCGUUCUUUUGAAGAAACUGGCAGUUGGGAUGCUGCUACCAAAGCAGGAAUUGAACUGUCUGCACCUUUCUCCAGUUCAUUACCAGAUAGUCCAGGUUGUAUGCCGUCUACAAGGCGGACCCCUAUAAUUGCGAUGACCGCAAAUGCAUUGUCAGAAAGCGCAGAGGAAUGCUAUGCUAAUGGUAUGGACUCAUUUAUUUCAAAGCCUGUCACUUUCCAAAAACUAAAAGAGUGCCUAGAACAAUAUUUUCCAUGACAUCCCCAUGUAAAUUUAUGCUCCUGUACAUGAAUGACAGAAUGCCAGGAAAGUUUUGUAAGCAAUGUAUCAUGUUCUCUGCAGCCAUUAACAUCUCAAUAGAAGUUGUAUAGAUCCAUCAAUACCAAUCUCCUUUCCUCCUUUUGGUCCGAGAAUUUAUAA